UUACGCGCGUACGUGUGUGUGUGUGUGUGUGUGUGUGUGUGUGUGUGUGUGUGUGUGUGUGUGUGUGUGUGUGUGUAUAUAUGAGUCUAAUGCUCUGGUGUUCCAUCUCUCCCCUCUGUUCCAGCUCUGCCUUCCCCAUCUGGACCGAGGACCCUGUUUGGAGGGGAGAUGGAAGAGGGAGGUGUGUGUGUGUGUGUGUGUGUGUGUUAGUUGGGAUGGGGAGGGAGGUUACCCUGUGGGAGGGGGAGGGCUCGGGUAGGAGGCAAUGAAAGAUCAAAGGGGCCAGGUGAGGAGGAGACACAUGAGCAUCCCACUCUUCUUUUUCUUAGCCCACUAUUCGCACUGCCUGUGUGUGUAUCAGUGUGUUGUUGGCUGUGUGUGUUGUGUGUGUGUGUGUGUGUGUGUGUGUGUGUGUGCGCGUGUUUGCGUGCAUGGGAGAGACGCGGAAACAGCAGACCGUGAACCUGCACACCAGCUCAUUGCAGACUCAGGCCGCCGCGCCAAGCCUGUCGGGUUAUUGUGACGCCAUCUGCGUGCAUGUGGGCAGGGAAAGAGCAGGCGCCUCGCGAGCACGGCUGAAUGGAAAACUCGCCCCAUGCAGGUGCGCAGCAUAUGGAAAGCUUUGCCUGGUUGACUGAAAGUGGACGAUCCAAGCUGCUCCAUCUACAAAGGACUUCAGUCUAAUGUGAGCUCCAGUCCACCACAGAACCAAGACGUGUAGAGCUGCGGUUGCCAUGCCAGAAUCCACCUCCUGAGCUUCUCGGUGACGCCCUACGCCGGGGGAGGAUGGGUGAUGGGCCCGUGACAUUUAGCGGACUCUCUCCUCCUUAUCCCAUCCUCUCAUGGAGCACCUUGUCAAACCCACUUACUCCUGGAACACUUCCCUCUCGGGACUUCCCUCGUUUACCGUCUCGCUGCAUCCAAACGCUUCCAACGUAAGCCAGGAGGUGACAGGCGUCCAGGCCGGCCUAAACGUUAGCCAGACUUUAGCCCUGUGCGCCAUGCUUAUCAUGGACACCCUGGCUGUGGUGGGGAACCUCGCUGUAAUGAUUGUCAUCACCAAAACGGCGCAGCUACGCAAAUUCGCCUUUGUGUUCCACUUGUGCUUGGUGGACUUGCUGGCGGCGUUGGUGUUGAUGCCUCUUGGGAUGGUGUCGGACAGGUUCUUGGUGGAUGAGUCCGUGUGUCGGAGCUACCUUUGCUUGAGUGUUUGCCUGGUGAGCGCCGCCAUCCUCACCAUAUGCGCCAUCAACGUGGAGCGCUACUAUUACAUCGUGCACCCCAUGCGCCACGAGGUGAAGAUGACAUUGGGGGUGGUGCUGAUGGUGCUGGUGGGCGUCUGGGUUAAAGCCGUUGUCAUGUCUCUGGUGCCUCUCCUGGGGCGGCUGCUCCAAGGUAACCAGGAGAUGACCUCUCCGUUGGUGCUCACUCAUUGUUCCCUCCACUGGGCGGGAGGCAGGACCACACGCCUGCUCUUCAUGGUCUUCUUCACCUUCAUCUAUUUCCUCUGUCCCAUGUUGAUUAUUCUCGUGGUCUACUGCAAUAUGUUCAAGGUGGCCCGUGUGGCAGCCUUGCAUCACGGCCCACUGCCCACUUGGAUGGACACACCCAGACAACGCUCCGAGUCCAACAGCAGCCACUCCACCGUGGCCGCAAGCAUCGGAGGGACGGGCUCCCGCAACACCCCUCAAAGGACAUUUGGCGGGGGCAAAGCCGCCGUGGUUCUGGUGGCUUUGGGAGGCCAGUUCUUGUUUUGCUGGCUGCCGUACUUUUCCUUUCAUCUCUACUCGGCCGUGGUGUCUACCUCUCCUGCCUCGCUGACCCAUUUGGAAGGAGUGGUGACGUGGAUCGCCUACUUCUGCUUCACCUCCAACCCCUUCUUCUACGGCUACCUCAACCGCCAGAUACGGGAGGAGCUGGGGCGCCACCUGGCUUGCCUUUUCAGAUAUCGGUACGGGUCCGGUCAGGACGAACAGCUGCCCAGCCGGGAGGCCUCCAUCCAGGAGAACUUCAUGCAGUUCCUUCAGGGCACGGCGCACAAUCUGGAGCCGUGCAACUCUCACAGCGGAGUGACUCCAGACGAGAUGGAACAUGAAGGCCUCCAGGAGUCAUCUGCUCAGCAAAACACGCCAGCUGACUUCCACAUGCCAGGGCAGAUUCUUGAAGAAACCUCAGAGUUCAUUCAGCGGAAAAAACUGAACAAUCAACUCCAUGGUUCGGAAAAGACCAACAAUGUACCAGAACAUUAGCCGCCUCCUUUAUUUUCUGUGAAUCCCCUUUUAAAUCACAACACCUUCUUGUUUUGUUAUCUCGAAUUGAAACCUGGUGAUUUGCAAAUCAUGCCACCUUCUAGUUUCUGGUUAUGCAGCCUCCUUCAGAGAAAAAGAGAUGUUUCAUGAAAAUAAUCAUGUGCAUGUCCUCAUUUUUCAUCCCCUACAGUUUGCUAUCAUCCGGUAUUACAUGUUUAAGAGACGGAUCAGCAUGAAGACAAAAUCUUUAUCAUUGGCAAAUUCUAUUGUAGUUUGCAGAACAAGUAUCUUUUUUUAGAAAGCAACGUUAACCCAUUUUGAAGGGACUUCAAGACAAUCAAGGUGUAAACUUUGUUAGUCAUUUCAAACUAAAAAUACAUUUACACAGUAAGUGAAUUACAAGAAGGAAAUAUAAUUAAACUACUCUCCAGAAAAAAAGAAAAUUAAUUAAAUAAAAUGUACGAACCCCGUUUCCAUGAGUUGGGAAAUUGUGUUAGAUGUAAAUAUAAACAGAAUACAAUGAUUUGCAAAUCCUUUUCAACCCAUAUUCAAUUGAAUGCACUACAAAGACAAAAUAUUUGAUGUUCAAACUCAUAAACUUUUUUUUUUGUGCUAAUAAUAAUUAACUUUGAAUUUCAUGGCUGCAACACGUGCCAUAGUAAUUGGGAAAGGGCAUGUUCACCACUGUGUUACAUCACCUUUUCUUUUAACAACACUCAAUAAACGUUUGGGAACUGAGGAAAAUAA